ACCACCCCCUCCUCCACUUGGUGUGGCAAAGGCACCGCUCCCAAGGAAAAAUACCAAAUUAAAGAGAUCAAGCUAUAUGGGAAACAUGUAUAGGCUUCUCAAAGAGAAGGUGGAAGGGUGUGGCUUACGUGUUAAACCUUCUGAAGGGAGAAAACCUAAAAUUGGAGGAGGACCUGCAGGGGGAAAACAGGGAAUGGCUGAUGCACUGGCAGAGAUGACAAAAAGGUAUGCUUCCAGCUUUUGCUGCUCGUAGAAUCCCAGACUAGAACACAACAAUUAUGGUGCUCUCUCACUUAGCACUUGGUUUUCUUCUAUGGGCAUCAUAGAUCGGCAUAUUUCCAACAGAUUGAAGAAGAUGUCAAGAAACACGCAAAAUCAAUCAAGGAGAUCAAAGCUGCCAUUAAUUCCUUCCAAACCAAGGACAUGACUAAACUUGUUAAAUUUCACAAGUAUGUGGAGCAACAUUUGGAGAAAUUGACUGAUGAGACACAGGUGCUGGCAAGAUUUGAAGGGUUUCCCACAAAGAAACUGGAAACAUUAAGAGCAGCAGCGGCACUACAUUUAAAACUGGAAGAAAUAACUACCCAACUGGAAAAGUGGAAAGUAAUGCCUCCUUUAGAUCAGCACCUUAGCAAGGUUGAAUCCUACUUUAACAAGAUCAAGGGAGAAAUAGAUGCACUGGAAAGAAGCAAAGAUGAAGAGUCUAAGCGUUUCCGGAGCAACAACAUCGAUUUUGACUCCAACAUUUUGGUGCGAACUAAGGAAUUAAUGGUAGAUGUUUCUUCAAACUGCAUGGAGGUUGCACUUAAGGAAUGGAGGGAGGCAAAGGAAGCAGAGAGUGCAGAAAGCGGGAAAAUAGGUGAUGGCCAAUUAAAGGCAAGUGAAAAUAUGCUUUGGAGGGCUUUUCAGCUAGCAUAUCGGGUCUAUAGCUUUGCUGGUGGACAAGAUGAACGAGCUGAUAUUUUGAGCAAAGAACUAGCUCGUGAAAUAGAGAUGAUCGCCAGAGUUUGUAUAACUAAUUCUAAGCAAUAGCAAAAAUCAGUGCCCUACGCUACGCAAAAUUAUGACAUCCUCAAUUUCGGUGAUAUAAAUUGAAAGCUCAGAACAGAUGCCAAUGUAAUAAAUUUAAAUGGCAGCA